GAUAGCGAAUAGCAUUCGAAACACGCAACCAGAGACAAUUGGUCGCGUUGCGCGGUUCCGAAAAUUGUCGACGCUAUACGCGCAAAACACGGGACGGAACGGGACGGGAAAUUCGGGGCAGAGCAGCAUGUGAUACUGGCUUCAUCUCGUAUGUACGUAACGUAUUAUAUAGAUACAAUACGAGGCUGCGAAAAUGGCGGACGAACAGACUUGUCGUACCUAAAUGGAACUACUAAGGAACAACUUUAAACAGUGUCAUUAAGAAUGGAUCAUAUACAGGAAGUACGGCAGCUGGAAUUGCUAUGCAAGCAAUUGUAUGAGUCGCAAGAUUCAGCGCAUCGUGCGGAAGCGGAAAAGGCUCUUGUCGCCUUUCAAAAUGCACCGGAUACGCUUACGAAGUGCCAGCUCCUACUGGACCGUGGGGAUUCCGCUUAUGCUCAAUUAUUGGCCGCCACCACUUUGACGAAAUUGGUAUCACGCUCGGCACAGGGACAACUCACAACAACACUCAGUUUGCAACAGAGGCUUGAUAUACGAAAUUAUGUACUCAACUACUUAGCAACACAACCAAAGUUACCAAAUUUUGUGAUACAGGCUUUGGUUACACUUUUUGCUAGGAUAUCAAAGCUUGGGUGGUUUGAUGCUGAUAAAGAGGAAUAUGUUUUCAGAAAUGUAGUCACUGAUGUAGCAAAGUUUCUUCAGGGAUCAGUGGAGCAUUGCAUGAUUGGAGUGCAGCUGUUAUCUCAGUUGACAUGUGAAAUGAAUCAAAUAUCCGAAGCCGAUGCAAAUAGAUCUCUGACAAAACAUAGAAGAAUAGCAAGUAGUUUUAGAGACACACAACUAUUUGAAAUAUUUAGGUUAUCGUGUACUUUACUGAGUACGGCCCGUGAAAACUGCAAAAGUUUGAACUUUAAUGAUGAAGCGCAGCAUGGUUUAAUAAGACAACUAUUGAAGCUUGCACAAAACUGUCUAACAUUUGACUUUAUUGGAACGUCAACCGACGAAAGCUCGGACGAUCUUAACACAGUACAAAUACCAACAAGUUGGAGACCUGCUUUUUUGGACUUUACUUCCUUGAAAUUGUUCUUCGAUCUGUAUCACAGUCUGCCGAAUACGUUAUCAUGUUUAGCACUUUCGUGUUUGGUUCAAAUUGCAUCAGUACGGCGAAGUUUGUUUUCUAAUACCGAACGAGCGAAAUUCCUAACGCAUUUAGUCAACGGUAUUAAGCAUAUACUUCAAAAUCCUCAAGGUCUGAGUGAUCCGGGAAAUUACCACGAGUUUUGUAGACUACUGUCUCGAUUGAAAAGCAAUUUUCAACUCGGCGAGUUGGUCCUGGUAGAGGAUUAUCCAGAAGCAAUACAACUGAUUGCGAAAUUUACUGUACAAAGUUUGCAGAUGUGGCAAUUCGCGCCAAAUAGCUUGCACUACCUUUUGACUCUUUGGCAGAGGAUGGUCUCUUCAAUGCCUUAUGUCAAAGCGGGUGAUCCACAUUUAUUGAACACUUAUACACCGGAAGUUACGAACGCAUAUAUCACAUCGAGGCUUGAAUCGGUAGCAGUGGUGGUCAGAGAACGCCUAGAAGAUCCGUUGGAUGAUCUGGGAGUAGUUCAUCAUCAAUUAGAACAAAUUUCGGUUAUCGGUAGAUGCGAGUAUCAGAAAACCUGCGCUCUGUUGGUCCAAUUGUUCGAUCAAGCUGCAAGGACGUACCAAGAAUUAAUGGCGCAAACGGUAUCGCCGUCUCAACAAAUCGAUAUUGCGAUCCAGGAAGGUCAACUUACGUGGCUGGUGUAUAUUAUAGGUGGUGUUAUUGGCGGAAGAGUUGCGUUUAAUAGUAAUGAAGAAUUCGAUGCUAUGGACGGAGAAUUAGUUUGCAGAGUUUUACAACUGAUGAAUUUGACAGAUUCGAGACUCGCGCAAGGUGGCUGUGAAAAACUUGAAUUAGCAAUGUUGAGUUUUUUCGAACAAUUCCGUAAGAUAUACGUGGGAGAUCAAGUUCAAAAGAAUUCAAAAGUAUACAGGAGAUUAUCAGAUGUAUUGGGUCUUAACGAUGAAGCUAUGGUACUCAGCAUUUUUAUUCGAAAAAUAAUAACAAACUUGAAAUAUUGGGGUAGGAGCGAACAAAUCAUUUCCAAGACUUUACAACUUCUGAAUGAUUUAUCCGUGGGUUAUAGCUGUGUUCGUAAACUUGUCAAAUUAGAAGAAGUACAAUUUAUGCUCAACAAUCAUACGCGAGAACACUUUCCAUUUUUGGGUAAUAACGUUGCUGUGACAGAAAUGCGUUGCAGAUCGAUGUUUUACACAUCUCUUGGUAGAUUACUGAUGGUAGAUUUAGGCGAAGACGAAGAUAGAUUCCAUACUUUUAUGUUACCUCUGACAGGUGCACUGGAAAGCCUUGGUCAAUUAAUGGGUGCAGCGGAUACUCCUUUAUUUGCGGCCGAAGAAGCAAAGAAAGCGUUAAUUGGCUUAGCGCGAGAUCUUCGAGGGUUAGCUUACGCAUUCAAUACCAAAACAUCCUAUAUGAUGCUUUUCGAUUGGAUAUAUCCAAAUUACACACCGAUUUUGUUACACGCUGUUGAACUAUGGCAUCACGAACCACAAGUGACAACGCCCGUCCUGAAGCUGUUUGCUGAGUUAGUACAAAACAGGAGUCAACGAUUGCAAUUCGACGCGUCGUCUCCUAAUGGGAUCCUAUUGUUUCGCGAGGCCAGCAAAAUAAUUUGCAGCUACGGCAAUCACAUAUUGAAUGUUGAAGUACCCAAGGAUCAGAUUUAUCCUUUGAAACUCAAGGGAAUAAGCAUAUGCUUUAGUAUGUUAAAAGCAGCUUUAUGCGGAAGUUACGUGAAUUUUGGAGUAUUUAGGCUAUAUGGUGACGAGGCAUUAGACAAUGCUCUCAAUACGUUUGUCAAAUUGCUCCUUAGUAUUCCACAAAGUGAUCUUCUGCAUUACCCGAAGCUGUCCGCAACUUAUUACUUAUUGCUUGAAUGCCUGGCGCAAGACCACAUGGUCUUUUUAUCCACCUUGGAGCCCAGAGUCUUUCUCUACAUUCUCUCCAGUAUAAGCGAAGGCCUUACAGCACUAGAUACUAUGGUGUGUACUGGUUGUUGCGCAACACUUGAUCACAUUGUGACGUACUUGUUUAAACAACUUUAUCAAAAAGGAUAUCCAGGAAGAAAGAAUGCGGUUGUUCCUGGAGGAGGAGAAUUAUUUUUACAAGUUUUGAAGCAGCAUCCUGAAAUACUUCAACAAAUAUUGAGUACCGUUUUAAAUGUGAUAAUGUUUGAGGACUGUAGGAAUCAAUGGAGCAUGUCUCGUCCUUUAUUAGGUCUUAUAUUGUUGAAUGAAGAAUAUUUUAAUCAAUUAAGGGAAAAUAUUAUUAGAAGUCAACCAGUUGACAAGCAAGGAGCGAUGGCACAAUGGUUCGAAAAUCUAAUGAACGGGAUUGAGAGAAAUUUACUUACAAAAAAUAGAGAUAGGUUCACACAAAAUUUGUCGAUGUUUAGAAGAGACAUAAAUGACGCCCUAAAAGGACCUGUAUCAAAUUCAGUCAAUGAUAUGAUGACUACGUAGUGAUACUGCUCUCUCUAAAUUAGACUCUUCUAGGUUCUUGCCUGCCAAAUGCUUGAAUGUGUGUGCGAGUGAUGAAACUCUAUAAAAAUUAACAGUGAAAUUGAAAUUAUGGCUUUAGACGAGUAUAAAGAUAAUAAAUUAAAUAUCGUUUUAUAUGAAGUAUCAUCGUUUGGCUUCCUAUUCUUCUCAAAUAUCAGCUGCUCUUUUGGCUGUUUAGUUAGGUCUGUCAAGAAAGAAUUAAAGCGCUGUUGCACACAUUAGUUCUCGUAAAAUGAAAAUAUUUGUAUAUUAUUUUUUAAACAGGUUACAUAAAGAUUGUUUUUUUUUUUUUUUAUCCUUAUUCCAAACAUAAUUGACAUAAUAGGCAGAUCUCUUUUUAUUACCUUUAUACUCUUGAAUUUUCUUAGCUCUGUACAAUGAGAUUUUAACAUUUUUACGCAUAUAUAUAUAUAUAUAGUAAGAAUCCAAAAGAAAUCUGGCGCUUAUUAAACGCAUACAACGAAUAUACAUUCAAGUUUCUCAGAACAAAGUGUCUAUAUUUUUUUAUUAGCAACGUUCAGUAGAAGUCGGCACUUAGUAAACGCUUAGUGAUUAUUAUUUAUUAUGAUAAAAGUAUUUGGAAGUACUCUUUAAAUCUAUUGAACAAUAGAAAAACCAUUAUUUAGGGUCUGUGUUCGCAAUACUAGAAAUCGAUCUGAGAUCUCGAACGGGGAGAGAAUUUAACCAAUCAACGUCAAUCAAUUGAAUUGUUCGAUAGACAUUGGUCAGUCAUCAGACCUCACGCUUCCAACUGAGAAAAAACUAGAUGAUUUGUAUAAUCACAAAGAGAGUUCUUACUUUGAAAGACGUUCCACCACCGACUCAAUUUGAUUAUCCUAAACGAAUCUUAUUGUGUGUCCUAAAAGUAUGUUAAAAAUUCACACAUAAUGAACACUAAGUAUUUUAUUAAGAGCUGAACGCAGCUAUUGAUACAAUAUAUUCAAAUUUUUUUUUAUAAUUACAGAAAUUUAUACGAAUUGCUAGAAAUUCAAGAAUUGAUCAUUUUUUUAUUUUUGAGUUGUGUAUCGGUGUGUAUGUAUAUUUAUAUGUACAUAUUACAUGCAUAUAUGAAUAUAUGUUUAUAUGUACAUAUAUUUAUAUGUAUAUAUUUACAAUUAUUCCUUAUGUAAAUCGUUGCUUUGUAUUCAAAAUGAUGUAAGCACAUUAUUUUAUAUUUAUUGUAUUGUAUUCAUUUGUAGGCACAAAAACAUUUGUGCAAAUAUAUACAAAUUACUUUCAGAUUUUAGAGAAUUUUAUACACGGCAUAAUGCAGAGGCAAUAAAUUGUUCCGCGAGAAUAGAUUUCUUAGAUGUGUUGUUUUAGAAACAGAGUGGUUUAAAAACAACACAUCAGAAAUCUUUUCUCUUCGCGGAAAGAUAUGUAUUGUCGGCUUCGACACAUAUGUACCAUAACAAUUUCAAUUUAAUCUCUUCUAUCGUACUAUUUUACCAAUGGAGAAUAAAUAAAUAAAAUUUAUAUAAAUAAUUUACAUAUAUAUAUAUACACAUAUAUAUAUAUA